AUGGCCAGCAGCCCGCGAAGCCCCCCCAGGUACCGGAGCCGCUGCGACCGCGACGCCAGCCCGCCGCCCCCCGCGCGAUGGAGCCUCGGGCGCAAGCGCAGAGCCGACGGCCAGCACCGGACGGCCGAGGGCGCCGAGGACGCCGAGGGCCCGGCGAAGCCGGCGGGCGACCGCAGACCCGACAGCUUCACCACUCCUGAAGGCCCAAAGCCCCGUGCCAGGUGUUCAGACUGGGCGAGUGCCGUGGAAGAAGAUGAGAUGAGGACCAGGGUGAACAAAGAAAUUGCGAGAUACAAAAGAAAACUCCUCAUAAAUGACUUUGGAAGAGAAAGAAAAUCAUCAUUGGGAAGUUGUGAUUCGAAGGCGUCUUCGUCCGCAGUGCCAGCCGACCUGGAGACGGACGAAAGUGUCCUGAUGAGGAGACAGAAGCAGAUUAACUACGGGAAAAACACCAUGGCCUAUGACCGCUACAUUAGAGAGGUCCCCAGGCACCUUCGACAACCCGGCAUUCAUCCCAAGACCCCCAACAAAUUCAAGAAGUACAGUCGGCGCUCAUGGGACCAGCAGAUCAAACUCUGGAAGGUGGCCCUGCAUUUUUGGGACCCUCCAGCUGAAGAAGGAUGUGAUUUUCAAGAAAUACACCCCGUGGACCUUGGGGAGAUGGAGACUGAGUCCACAGAGAGCAGCUCUGAGUCCCAGGCAAGCUCUCAGGAUAAUAACUUGGACAUGGACUCUGGCACACCCACCAAGGUCAGACACGUGGACUGCCAAGUGGAGGACGAGUUUGACUUGGAGGCUUGUUUAACCGAACCUUUGAAAGACUUCUCAGCUAUGAGCUAACUGGUGCGGAGGCCGCAGAGAGCAAGGCCCCUCUCCCUGGCCAAGUGAAGGGCCAGCCAAGCGUGCGUCGUGCGUCUGUCGUGGGGCAGCUCCUGUGAAUAGUUUAUGUCACAUGGUGAAUUGUCAUCUUUGCCUUAUUUUCUUCAGAAACAAUGUUAUGUAUAGUGAGUGUAUCCUGCAUGUUUUAAAUCGUAAAUGCGACUAAAUGCAAUGAAAAUUAAACUUGAAGCAAUCUUACAACAGACUUAAUUGCUUAGUCCCCACCAUCCCCACGUUUGCCUGACAAGCACAUUGAACUAGCUUCCCGCCAUAUUUCAGACAUUCAGACAUCCAGUUGCUGCUUGUCAGGGGGUGGUGUGGGUUUAACUGUGUUCAGGGACCAGUCUCACAUCGGCUUUCUGUACUGGUAUCUGAGUGUUCUCACAAUCGGAUCCUUUAAUAUCUUCAUGGAAACUUAGUUUUUGGCCUUUUGUCAAUAUGUCAAGGUGUCUUUUUCCCACACACAGCACUGAAUAGUCAAGUCACUAAAGUGAUAGGUCCUAUGUGAGUCAGACAGUCUAAAUCAGGUGCUUGUAAACAGCACCAGGUAGGCCUUCUGCCGAUUAUACUCCAAGAGUUAAGGCAGCAAAGGGAUUUAGAAAGAACGUUUUUUACACAGUUAAUUUACCAUGUAAAAUUGCUGUAAAUGAUAAUGUAUACAGAUUUUCUGUUCAAACAUUCAGUUGUAAACUUCUUGUUAAGACUGUUGUUAUGUUUUUAUUGCUUUUGUAUGGAAUGAGAUUGCAAAAAUAAA